UCUGCCUAAGUGUCGCCACAGUUGUGAAAAAAAAAUGCAAGUGAUUUGGGCAAAUUGUUGCUAAAUUGUUAAACAAAACGCGCAAUUAAAGUGCUAAAUCGCCUGGAGAAAGUGCAGUGUGAUGGUGGAAAACCCACGGUGAAAGAAAAGCCCGCCACCCAAAGAAAAGCGCUCGAGUGUCGCGUGAUGAAGACGAAAAAAACCAUCGACGCCAUCUCAGAUUUCAAUAAAAGUAUUUGCAAAAUAUUGUGUACAAUUGUUAAAACCAAGAAUGCGCGAUUGCAAUGCGAAAGCAAUGCCGCGCAAUGUUAAUAAAGUAUGGAAACUAUAGCGGAGCCGGCAUAUAUUAUUUGGCGGAUCAUCUUGGGCUGUCCUGCUGUCAGAGCCAUCUUCUAAUCAAUACCCGUUCCUCCCACUCCGAUUUGUGUCUUGCAGAAGAGUUCGAGGAAGACUUCAAGGUGCAUCUGCCGCUCCUGGUGGCCAGGAAGAGGAAGUCGACCGGCGGCUGCCGCAAGCAGAACUUUGACCACCUGGCGGUGAGCUUCACGAGGAGCAAUCGGGGCAACAACCUGCUGACCAUCGACGGGAAGCCCUUCACCCUCAAUCGCCGCAUCAAGGAUGUCUGCUACUGGGAGUGCGUCAAGCUGCGCUGCAAGUACAUCAAGUGCUCCGCCCGCGUGGUGACCAAGUCGAAUCGGAUCUCGGCCCUGCGCGGGCUCCACAACCAUCCAUAAGCUACAAACUACCUACCUGUGCCAUCUCAUUAGUCCAAUAAAGCCUGCUACCAACUGGUGUCCAAUCGCCGGGGCGGCAAGAGCCUGAUCUUCCAGGGGCACAUGUACACCGUAGAGCGCAAGUACCG